AUGUACCCGUUUGAUACGGUGACAACUUUGUCAAUUGUGAUGAUCCUAGCUGCAGUUUUAACGUUCGUAGGCCAGCAGUUUCAGACGGCUUGCUACGGUCGCUAUGCCUUGCAUUCAAAAUUUUCAUUAAAAUUAAACCCAAAAUUGUCUUGGUUUGUUCAAGAGUCGCCGGCAUUUUUCCUCCCGGUGUAUUUUAUAUUAGAUCAUUUAUUUUUAAAUCAAUUUGGCAUCAAAUCAAAUCAGGUCAAAUUCACAAAUCUUUUUCUUCUUUCCGUCUUUGCUCUGCAUUAUUUUAACAGGUCCAUGGUAUAUCCUUUCAAAACUGGCUCAGUGAACAAAAUUCCCAUCUACAUAACUCUGCUUGCAUUUACAUUCUGCUGUUACAAUGGAUACCUGCAGAGUAAAUACUUGAUGAAUUGCCACUAUGACUCCGACUACAUGUACAGUUUCAACUUCAUUAUUGGAAUGUCGCUAUUCUUCAUUGGAAUGUACCUAAACAUAAAAUCAGAUUCGCUGAUGAGUGAUGCACGAAAACUGCGUGGGCCGGGGACCUACGUCAUUCCAAAAGGUGGGUUGUAUGAGUAUGUAUCCUGUGCAAAUUAUUUCUCUGAAAUCAUUGAGUGGGUUGGUUUUGCCAUAGCCUGUUGGUCGUUUCCCGCUUUUGCCUUUGCACUGUACUCCAUAAGCUACAUGGUGCCUAGAGCCAAACAAAAUCAUCUAUGGUACUUGGAGCAUUUCAAACCAUAUCCCAAAGAUAGAAGGAUUCUCUUUCCAUACAUAUGGUAG